AUGAGGAACGGCUUCACCGACAUACCGGUCGCGAGUGCCGACAGCAGCACGGACGCCAUAUGGCUCGAGAAGAGCAGUCCGUCGCGGAUGGCACCCGAACGAAUGUCACUGAAUUUCGAGAAAGUCGUCGUUAAGCAGGAACGUCCAGACGAUGCGGAAAUCCGUGAAUUGGCUGCCAAAAUGGUGGAAGCACACAAGGCGAAAAUGCUGGCGAACAUGCCAGCGGUACAACAACAGCAGAGGCAGCAGUGUCUUAUGUCACAGCCUAAUCUUCCCGGUAUUCUUGGAUAUCUGCAUAAACGACCAACUGACGGGUCGCCCGCUCCGAAACCGCCAACUGCUGCUUUGGAGAGUAAGGUGCUGACACCGGACGACGACAGCCUGCGGGGGCGAUUCGGUUGGACGAGCUUUGACGAAUGUCACAUACCUUACAUAUUUCGCUCCGGCGAAAAGUAUUGCGCCGUACGCAUCUUAGAAACUAAGCUUCUCAACAAGUACCUGAGUUUUCUUCAUUCGGACAUCUACAGUUGCACAUGUAUAAGGAGUUAUUACAUUACGGAGGCCGAGAGCAAGUUGUUUAACGAGAUUAACACCAAGCACUGCGAGAAUCAAUUCGGGAGGGACGUGUUUACGUGUAAGGACCUGGUGGUACGUCUCUCGGAUGCCAAGGAGUUUUAUACGUUUCUCGAUGUGUGUUAUACUAAACUGACUGCCGGUACCAAUCCAAAUGUGAGCGGACGCAAAGCGGACAAAUGUGGUUUCAUACGAAUAAACAAAGAGUCUGUAGUACCUUACACGGUAAAGGACAAUCUGCAAUACGUGCCACUGUUUUAUUUCGAGGGCGAGACGGAAAAUCUCAAGCUAAAAGCGGAAAAGCUUGAGGGCUGGGAUUUGUCGUAUUUGAAAUUUUGCUGCAAAGUACAGGGUAUACGUAACGAACUGUUUGCGAGUGAAACUUGUUCGGUAAUUAGUUUGAGUGACAUUAAGAGUUAUUUUCCACCGGGUACCGGCUUCGAGGACUAUUGGCCGACCAAAGUUAUGGACUCACAGUUAUUGGUGAAUAGCAACGGAAGCAGUACCGGCGGUGGAUGGACGAAACAGCCACCUACACCACCGACGACUAAACCUCCUCCCGUACAAAACGCAAAUAAAGUGGCACCACCUCUAAACACACGUACCGUACCGAUGCCUAAUAUGAUGCCACGGGGGACUGUCACGAGUACGGCACCGCCGCAGAUGCCGCGAAUAGGACAGCCGAGGCCUGUAGUCACACACCCCGCGCAUUCUUCCCCAUCGGGACUUCCCACCGGUAGAUCAAACAUGCCGGUAGUGUCGCAGCCUAUGUUGAAUACCGUUCAAGGUGUGGUUAACGGCCAUUGGUCGGGCCUCGUUGGUGGUCAACCUACCUUUCAAACGGCACUCAAUUCUCAGGCCAGCAUUAUACGAGCGACUUUGAAUAAUGUGAUGCACAACCAACAAAUGACAACUGCUGCCAAAAGCUAUUCUCAACAGUCUAGAAGUAGAGCGAGCAAUAGUGGAGCAGCAGCUCAGUAUCCUGGAGUAUAUCCGACGACAACCAUGCAAGGAGUUGCUCAAGUCCAACCACCACCUCUUAUACGAGCAACUGUUCACUCCAAUCAACCGAAUCUCGGUUAUCCCACCUAUGGGAAGGAUGACUGGGUGACUACGACAUAUACAACACCUACGUUAGGUGUACCUAACGCAGUCGCAGCAACCACAUAUCCACAAAUGCUUGGUUUAAGCGAACAAGUCCAAGCUUUAAUGCCAGUACCUACAUCAGCACCAAAUUUAUUACAUCCGCAAAGGCAUACACCAUCUGUGCAUAACACAUCUCAUUCAAAAUAUCCACCUCCUUUGAUACCAGUUAAUGGUAGCAGCGGUAGCGGCAACAGUAGUAGCAGUUCCAGGGAUACCCGAGGGAGAAAACCACUGAUACCAAUAUCGGACCCACAACAUAUUACUACUUGUCAUGUACAACCAUACCAAAUACAGAAAGCAUUACUUGAAGAAAAGAUGGUACCCUGUAUUAAUUUCAAACCUUACAUCUAUAGCGAAUUGCUGAUGACACUUCCUGACUUCGUUUCCAAUUUCUUUCCUGCUUGUGACAUCGAGAGUUGUAGACAAGUUCUUACAGAUGUACUACAUAUAGAGUUAUAUCAAGGAAAUAGACUGCAAAUGAAGAUGUUAAUGGAAGCAGGCAAAUGUUCUUCAUUAACAGAAGAUCUACCUUUAAUCCAUAUUAGGAGUAUAAUGAAAUAUAUGCCACAAUUCAAGUAUAUGUUCAAUAGAGGAGAUAUGGUCAUGCCUUCCCCAGCUCAUUCGUCUGAAGAGCACCCUGCCAAAAAACGUCAACGUACCAGCUAGGAUUGGCUACAGCCUUACUGGCCUACUUAUGAUUAUUACCAUUCGGCAUUCUAAAGCCGAUGUUCUCAUGAUUGUAUUUUAGAACGCCUUUGAAAGUUAGGUGUAUCUAAAUACAAGUGUAUAAUGUCGCGUAUGAUGCGCAACAAAAUAUACAUUGGUUUUGACGAGUGUGUAAAGUGACAGUGGUGAGAGCUAUUUCUUUCUCCAAAGUGUAUUGACGUGACUGUAAAUAAUAUUAAAACGUGUAAAUUUAAAAUAUGGUUGACAAUUCAGAUUUGCUUUCUAUGUAGAAAGAUUUAUUUCAAUAGUCGACAGUAGAUGUCACUUUCGAUUCAAUUUUCGUGUUAAUGCCUACUCUUUUUCUCACAUCUUGACAAUGAGUCACCGGAUACGCGUAAUUAUGACGUUUUGUGACUUGGAAAAGACCGUAUGCACAUAAUUGAAUUGUAUCUUUUGCAAAAUUGUCAUUAAAAUUUUUUUGACGCGACCAUUAUUGAGAUAAAGCACCUUAUUUGCGCGCAUCUAUUGAUUGUCAAGACAUGAACGGCAAAGAGGAGACUCGAAAAUCGAAUCGAAAGUUGCAUCUGUGAUGCCAAUCAUUGAUUUAUUUUAUUUCCAUUUUUGAAAGCUUUGUUAUAAUAUAA